AUGGAUUUAUUUGAAGAGGACGAUGAUUAUGAAAUAAUUCAAUAUCGUCGUCUAUACACUGUACACGAAAGAAUAAAUCAUAUAUUGGCGUGGGAUGGUCAUGACUUUAGGGUGAGAUUCAGACUUGGGAGAAAUGUUGUUCGUAAUUUAUUAGAAUAUAUUGAAGACGAAAUAGCUUCACAAACUAUUUGUAACAAUGCUGUGACACCGAUAAAUAAAUUACUGUUGGCUCUACGGUUUUAUGCUACUGGCGAUUUCCCAAUAACGGCUGGUGAUUUUAUUGGUGUUAGUAAAAGCACAGCUUGUUUAAUAAUACGCGAUGUUAUAGUGUGGCCAUAG